UGACAGACUGUAUGAAGUUUAUUUGUUAGGUAGAGGAACAGGAUUGCUAACCGGUAUAGAUCGGCAGUGCGGAAAAUUAAGCUGAGGAAAGACGACAGGGGUGCAGCGAUUAACACAUCAGUUCCGUAGGCAGUAAUAUUCCGCCAUGUCGCCGGAAGACGAGAAAGAGUCCCCGGAGAAAGAGUUCGCCGGUAACACGACUCUUCACGGACUGAACAGGAUUUUGAUCGCCCCCAGCAACUACUUCCGGGUCAUGUGGGUUCUCACAAUCCUGGCUUCAUACAGUGGCUUCACCUACAUGCUCAGCUCAAUGAUCAUGGACUACUUCAGCUACGACACCAUCACCGAUACGAAGUUGAAGUUUACCGAUGCCUUACCAUUUCCGGCCGUCACAAUCUGCAACAUGAACAAGUUCGACUCCCAGAAACUGAAGUUAGUAGAGUGGUCUUACCUAUCCCCGUACCUGAUGGGAGCUCAGUACGACAUCCCGACUCUCCUGUCCAUGGGCUUCAGUCCUGACGAAACCAUUAACUCUACCAUAGGGAACAUAACAUUACAAGACUUCGUUUUCCAAAACGGCUUCGACGUCAACUCAGAUCGCAUGGCAAUGUGCUUCUGGAAAGCCGAGGCUUGCACCUAUUUGAACUUUACUCAUACCUACACCUUCUUCGGCAACUGUUACACCUUCAACUCCGACAAGUCCAACACUCUGUGGCAGACGAUGGAGGGGUGGGGAAACGGUCUCAUGGUCUUUGUGGACGUUAGAGAGUCGGAGUACACGGAAAACUAUUUUACGGGAGGGAACUCUGAAAUUGGGCUGAAGCUACUGGUUCAUGACCAAGACGAGCCUCCUAUGAUGGACACCCAGGGCAUCGCCCUCUCGCCGGGCAGCCACGCUUUCAUCAGCGUCCAACGUACAGUGUACGAGAACCACGUGCCUCCGUGGGGGGUCUGCGAGGACCGACAGCUGGAAUAUUACGACACCUACACCUUACCUGCCUGCUAUCAGGAGUGCAGGAGUAAACACAUCGUGGCGAACUGCAGCUGUGUUCCCUUCUUCUUACCAGGAAAAGCGCCACCCUGCAACCCAGGUAAUAUCUCCACCUGCGUCAGAGCUGUGCUAGGGAGGGUGGUAUCUGGUGAGCUGAAGUGUGACUGUCCCGUACCCUGCCAUCUGGUUAAGUACAGCACGUCCGUGUCCUACGCAGGGUGGCCAAACAUCAACACCAGGAACUACAUAACCAAAACUUAUGGCCAUACUAAAGACUACAUGGCAGAAAACGGUGUUGUCUUCAGCGUCUUCUACGAACAACUAAGUUAUCAAAAAAUCAGGGAGCUGAAAGCUAUGGACGGUGGACAACUUGCAAGUAACAUAGGAGGAAUGAUGGGCCUGUUUAUAGGAGCCAGCCUGCUGACCCUCCUGGAGGUAUGGGAGUACCUGUGGCAGAGGGUACUUGGCUUCCUCGGGAAGUAUCGGCGCCCGAGGGUCCUACAGGUCCAUGCUGCGCCUCACGACAAAACCGAAGGCAUGUACAACGGAGCUUUCAACAAGUGAAGCUUGACUUUCAAUUUGGAACAAGACUCAUUAGAAGAACCGCCACUCCACAGAAAUGAGAUAUAUUUUCCAAUGGAUUCUGUAUCACAUAAUACAUAAUUAGCAUUCAUUUUGCAGAAUUCCACAUGUGGUAAAUUUUGUGACGUGUGCUUUGUAAAACGAUAUGAUAGUUACUAACCUUCUUCAGGCCCUACCCGUGUAUUCCCUAUAUGUAUACGCACUGUCACUUUCUUAUGGUGAAUUUUUUAAAAAAUGCAGGGCCAUAAGCACUUUGGAGAGGCAAUAAGAUAUCAAAGAAGACAUAAUAAUACAAGUUUUUGAAUCUGAAGUUAAUUUUGUAACGUAAGUUUGCAUUUAGUCAGAAGUUAAGAUUCAGUUGUAAGGUAAUAGAAUACUUUUGAUUCGUGUGAAACUAGAGGGUGCUUUGUCAUAUACUGCGAAGAAAUAUUGUAACCGUUUGUAUAUUUUAUUUUGUCAGUUGUAAGGUGAAGUUUGAUAUUAGCCAUCUGCCAGAAUGAAUUAUCUCUGUGACCUGUAUAAUUUUUUUUUUCCAAAUCAAUAAAAGAAAGGUACCUUACCUGGAUGUUCCU